ACAAACGCACGCUGACAGAUUUCAUUUGAUAUAAUUUUUCGGCGAAGUGAAUAUACAUUUUUGAGUCUUCAAUAUUUUUUAUUAAUUAAAACUGUGUAAAUAUGUCUGAGACCAGCACUAAAGACACAGUUUUGAAAACGGCGAUGACCUAUAUCUGUGGCGAGUGUCAUCAUGAAAACGAGAUGCGUCCACGUGAUCCUAUACGUUGCCGUGAGUGCGGCUACCGCAUCAUGUACAAGAAACGUACCAAGCGCUUGGUCGUUUUCGAUGCGCGUUAGUAUUCAACAGAUGUGCAGCCUAURCAGUGUUUUUUGAAAUAAAGUUAGACUUUUAAGUGCAUCGCUUAUGUAGAAAUAAAAUAUAUAAUAGCUAAAUA